GAACAGACAAUUUAUUUUUUUAGACUGACAGAAGAAGAUGCUGUUUUAGUGCAACAGUAAACAUAAAAACUUGUGAAUUUAGUAAAUCAAUGUGCCGUUAAUUGUGUAAUACUUUCCCGGGCGUGGUAUACCACUUGUGGGCUCCUCGGAGAAAGGGUUUUGCUGUGCAGUCGUACAGGAAUCUUCAAAGAUUGACACCGUGUGGGGUUGGGCUUCGCCCCCUCUGCGCUUGCAGUUGGGAAACGCGCGCGGACCCAAGAGCAGGAUGGGGGAGGGCGGGUCGCCGGGCGGCGGCGCGCGGCUGUCGCACACGUCGGAGAAGCAUCCGCGCGCUGCGCUCGGCGAGCUGUGCGCGCUGCGCCGCCAUCGCGAGCUCUGCGACGUCGUGCUCAACGUGCACAACCGCAAGCUGUUCGCGCACCGGGUGAUCCUCUCAGCAUGCAGCCCGUACUUCCGGGCCAUGUUCACCGGAGAGCUGGCGGAGUCCCGCGCCACGGAGGUCACGAUCCGGGACGUGGACGAGCAGGCCAUGGAGCAGCUCGUGGAGUUCUGCUACACGGCGCACAUCGUGGUCGAGGAGGGGAACGUGCAGGCGCUGCUGCCGGCAGCGUGCCUGCUCCAGCUGCAGGAGAUCCAGGACGUGUGCUGCGAGUUCCUCAAGCGGCAGCUGGACUGCUCCAACUGCCUCGGCAUCCGCGCCUUCGCCGACACACACUCCUGCCGGGAGCUGCUCAGGAUAGCUGAUAAGUUCACACAGCAGAACUUUCCUGAGGUGAUGGAGAGCGAAGAGUUCCUCCUGCUGCCCGCCACACAGCUGAUCGACAUCGUGUCCUCAGACGAACUGAACGUGCGCUCCGAGGAGCAGACCUUCCAGGCUGUCAUGUCCUGGGUCAAGUUCAACGUGGCCGAGCGACGCCAGCAUCUCGCACAAGUACUGCAGCACGUGCGCCUGCCCCUGCUCAGCCCCAAGUUCCUGGUGGGCACGGUGUCGUCGGAGCUGCUCAUCCGCUCCGACGACGCCUGCCGCGACCUGCUGGACGAGGCCAAGAACUACCUGCUGCUGCCGCAGGAGAGGCCGCUCAUGCAGGGGCCCAGGACCAGGCCUAGGAAACCCACAAGGAGAGGCGAAGUGCUGUUCGCGGUCGGCGGCUGGUGUUCCGGCGACGCCAUCGCCUCAGUGGAGCGCUUCGACCCUCAGACCUCCGAAUGGAAGAUGGUGGCUCCUAUGUCCAAGAGAAGAUGCGGAGUUGGCGUGGCCGUGCUGCACGAUCUGCUGUACGCGGUCGGCGGACAUGACGGCCAGAGCUACCUCAACAGCAUCGAGAGAUACGACCCACAGACUAACCAGUGGUGUGGCGCGGUGGCGCCCACGUCGUCGUGCCGGACGUCGGUGGGCGUGGCCGUGCUGGACGGCGCGCUGUACGCGGUGGGCGGGCAGGACGGCGUGCAGUGCCUCAACCACGUCGAGAGAUACGACCCCAAGGAGAACCGCUGGACUAAGGUAGCUGCCAUGACAACGCGUCGACUCGGCGUAGCCGUAGCAGUCCUCGGCGGGCAGCUCUACGCCGUAGGCGGCUCCGACGGCCAGGCCCCACUCAACACAGUGGAGCGCUACGACCCGCGUAGCAACAAGUGGGCGCCCGUAGCUCCCAUGUCUACGAGACGCAAGCACCUCGGCUGCGCGGUGUAUGACGGACAGAUCUACGCCGUAGGCGGCAGAGAUGACUGCACGGAGCUGUCCUCUGCUGAAAGAUACGAGCCGAGCACGGACUCGUGGUCGCCGGUGGUGGCGAUGACGUCACGGCGCUCGGGCGUCGGACUCGCCGUCGUCAACGGGCAGCUGUACGCCGUCGGCGGCUUCGACGGCACAGCCUACCUCAAGUCUAUCGAGGUGUUCGAUCCGGAGUCCAACCAGUGGCGGCUGUGCGGCGCCAUGAACUACCGGCGCCUCGGCGGCGGCGUCGGCGUCAUGCGCGCGCCCUCGCACGACGCUCACUAUAUAUGGAACCGCAAAGACUCAGUUGUGUGAACUCGCUGUACAUUACCCCCUCCACUCUCAAGUUAAGUCGUUACUCAUUUUAUUUUAUUGUUAAUAAAUAUAUAAUUGACUAUUUAUAAAUAAAUGAAAUACAAAUUUUAGAAUAUAUUAAUGACAA